AUGUUGGCUUUGUUUGAUGUUGGACUGACAGAAAUACCAUACUUAUCUAAUCUCACAGAUCUUAAAAGUCUCUACUUGGGUAGUAAUGGGAUUGUGCGUUCCAGUUUUCGAAGCUUCUUUAAUGCUGAGACAGGCAGAUACAGAACUAUGCCAAAGUUGAAAUAUCUAGGUUUAAAUGGAAAUAAUAUAUCAAAGGUUGAUGCAAGUAUCAAAGAUGUUUUCCCAAAUCAAUUAAUGGUAAUAAGUCUGGAUGAGUUAGGGCUGUGUUCUAUACAUGGUAAUAUGAAGGAUAAACUGGAUAAAGUAGGUAUUCAGCUUGUUGAACCAGAUGAGAAGAGUGAUUCGGAUGUCAAGAACUAA